AUGGGAUCUCCCCUCCACACACCCGCAAUACCAGAUCACUCUCCUCACAUCCAGAAGGGUUGCUCUACACCUCAUCCAACCAACUCUCAAACAAACUCAAAGGCUCUGCCUCGCAAUAUAACAUCCAAUCAUCGCUCCAGCAAUCGUUCCCUCCGCUCCCUCCCCAGAUUCCGCGGUCACCCCCCACAUCCUUCCUCGAACCUCAAUGCACGAAUCCCCAUCUCAUCAGGACGUUCCAGCAACUCUGAUCCUGCAUCGUCAUCAGUCAGGUCGGACGUCUCCCCGUCUGGAGUAUCUUCCCUCGCCUUCCACAUCAAUCUCCGUCCCCGUCCUGCCGCAUUCCUGUCCGGCACGUCGCGUCCUAGAGAUCGCCCAAUGACGCUCGCAACCUCACGUCGACCUCAUCUCCCUGCACUCAUCCAGUCUCUCUGCGUGCGCAUCUCACCACCUCUCAAUGACUCCAGCUCUCCCUCACUCUCAUCACGCCUCCAAUCCCUAACCAAGCAGUCUCGCCCCACCAUUUACUUCUCCUCGUCGACGUCCCCUCGGUCUCUAAUGCUCCAUCUCCGUCUCCCCUGCAGGACUCCCUCCUGCUUCCACCCCCCCCGCUCCCAACCGAACUCUCUCAGGCCCCUACCACUCGCUUUCCUCUCUCAGCUUCACUCUCCUCGCACGCUCCUCGUCACACCUCCCGCCUCUAAUCACUCGUCCUUCCUCCAACUCUCAUUCUCCCCAGCGCAGACUCCUCUCGUCUCUCCAAUCUCCAGCCUACCCCCCCAUUAUCAUCUUCUUCCACCUCUCUUAACCAUCUCCAUCCAAUCUCUCUCCCUCCAGCAACUCUCUCUCUUCACACUCCACAUCGACUUCUCCGAUACCUCCUCGGUCUCAUGUCUCGUCAACCUCUCCCCACUACAUCCUUCACGCGCCUCUCUCCCUGCUCAACUCCCUUGA